AGAACUGUAAAGGACCUUCUCCUCUGAUCUGGAUUUUGGAUAAAGAGUAAUACAGCAGACUGCCAACAUUUGUCAAUGGCUUCCUCUCUUAUUAAAGGUUUUAUAAGAGCAAUGACUGUCAUCUCUGUUAUGCUCUCUUACCUCUCUGUGGACCCCUGCAACAACUACACUGUGCUGGACGAACCAAGAAGAUCCAUCAAUAAUACUAAUUUCUUACAAUCACCACCUUCCUACAAAUGUGACACCUCUGUCACCUGGAGUGGCUGGUAUCGUCUCUUCAUUAAUGGUCUCAGCGCUCAUAUGCCAGAGACGUGUGUUGAUAUAGGUCACUGUGACACUGCUACCACACUGUGGAUUCGUGGUGGACACCCAACAGUUGAAGAUGGAGUCGUCACUCGAGAUGUCUGCGGUCACUGGAACAAUUACUGCUGCUUUUUCUGGUCUUUUCCCAUUCAAGUCAAAGCCUGUCCAGGCAAUUAUUAUGUCUAUGAGCUGAUUAGUCCAGCUGUGUACUGUUCAGGAUACUUAACAAUAUUUACAUGA